AUGCGCGACCCGCGGAAUUUUGAAUUCAUCCUUAUUAUCUCCUUGUUUCCACGGAUUCUGAUAAUUUCUCAUCGAGACCGUCUACGGAAUAUCACUGUUUCUAAGCAGCUCAUCGCAUAUAAACCUAUGAAGCGUCCAACGGUAUCAGCUGGGUCGAUUCGGCAAAAGCGGCUCGAGGAAAGAAAAACGAACGAGAAACUGCUGUUUGAAACUGUUUUUUCCAAGCUAUCGCGGAAGAUCAUCGAUCGGCGUGGAAUAAACGCGGAAUAAAAGUGCGGAUCGACGACGUUGGAAAUCAUCGCCUUGGUAACCACCGACAAAACACACUUGGUCGUGGAGAGUUGGUCGUGGACACAUUGCGUGGUCGAGGAACACCACGAUAUCUCGAGGAUUCUCUCUAUAUAUGGAUUUUUCGGUCAGAUUCGAUUCACGUCUAGGAAGACGUUGAUCUCUCGACAUCGGUUUUUUUCUUCUGUCUGACAUGACAAUUCUGGAGGAACUCGACUCGAGGCCUCGGGCAUUCAGCAGCUGACGGCAACCAGGCGAUCGUACAUCCGGGGAAAAGCGCUCAACGCUUGGCCAAAGAUGGAUCCCCGACUCUUCUGGAUCGUCUGUUUCGGUUUGAUCGCGAUCCUCGUUUCGAAAGGAUGGGCCAUCGAUUGUUUCAAAUGCGUCUCGAUCGACGGCGACAAUAAGCCCUGCGAUGAUCCGUUUCACAACAACGGAAGCCUCGCCUUCUUAGAGUCACCUUGCUUGGGAGGUCGCAAAGGGCGCGAUGGUCUUUUCCCCGCGACUGCGUGCAUCAAAAUAGCGGGCAUAUAUGAUGAGUCCGGGAUCUCUUUGACGGUGAGAAGCUGCGCGCUGGACAGCGGAACUCUAACGACCGACUCCGAAAUCAUAAGAAUGUCUCAUUGUGGAGGGUUCUACUUCGACGACAAAUAUGUUCGAGGUUGUGUACAAUCAUGCAACGAUGCAGAUGCCUGCAAUGGAUCUACGCGGCAAGCAAUUUCACUCAUACUUUUAACUCUAUCGAUUUUUCUUAAACUAAUUUGCAUCACGUGAAACUAAACUAAGUAACAUCACGUGUUAAAUAAACGAUAGACAAUUGUAUAUAUACAAAAAAGAAACGAUUACCUGUAUAAUAUUAAA